AUGGUCUUUCCAAUCUUACCGUUUUUCACGUCAGGCCAAGAUCUGGAAGCUUUGACUCAAAAAAAACCAUAUGUUGGGCUGACUGGACAAGCUCUCAUUGAUCUCUCAAAAACCAGUGUUGCAGAAGCUGCCGCCUUCAUUGAAAACAACAUUUCGUUCAGAUUUGUAUGCGGCCUGCUAAAAGCUAAUCAUCACGUCAGUGACAAUGACCUUGUUGCAUUCGUGAACGCCGGCAUCGCUGUCCUCUUUGUGGAAUCGCAGGAGUCUGCUACUCUUCUAGAAGAACUAGGCAUCCCCCGUGACAGAGUGGCAGUUUACGACGGCACAGGCUACACCAGCCAGUUCGGUGUCGUUCAAAAGUUUUCCCAAGGGCACAUUGUGGAUGCCAACGACCUUUGCGAGGAGAAAAUCGCACAAGCUUUGCUCGCUACAGCCAAGACGGAUCGCAGUGACAACCUCUACACUACUCUAGUUGUUGACACUCACGAGCGCUGUCUCGGCCUUGUAUACUCCUCAAAAGAGUCUCUCAAAAUGGCUAUUGAAAAGCAGGUCGGUGUCUACUUUUCUCGGUCUAGGAAUGAGAUAUGGGUUAAGGGCCUCACCUCGGGGAACACUCAGAAAUUGAUCAACAUCCAACUAGAUUGUGACGGAGACGCUUUGAAGUUUGUCGUUGUGCAGGAAGGCACAAAGUCUGAUUUCUGUCAUUUGAAUACUGCGUCAUGCUACGGAGACUUCCCGCAUGGUUUGGUGGGGCUUGAGCAGCUUCUUCGUCAAAGGAUGGAAAAUGCACCAGAAAAGUCGUAUACCCGUAGACUUUUCAGUGACCCCGAGUUGUUGACGGCCAAGAUCAAGGAAGAAGCUGAAGAGCUCACAGAAGCCUCUAGCAAGCGCGACGUAGCUUGGGAAGCGGCCGAUUUAUUCUAUUUCGCAAUGGCAAAAUUAGUGUCUAGUGGUGUAACUUUGGAGGAAGUGGAGAGGAAUUUGCAUGUUAAGCAUCUCAAGGUCACGAGAAGAGCCGGUGAUGCCAAGCCAAAGUUCGUAAAGGAGGAAGCAAAGCCACAAACCACCAAAGACGAAGAACCUACGAAUGGUAACAUUCACCUGAACGUGGUUUCGGCUCAUGACCAGACAGCUGUUACUGCCGCGCUAAGCAGACCUAUUCAGAAGACUGCGGACAUUAUGCAUUUGGUUAAUCCAAUUGUCGAGAAGGUAAGAAAAGACGGUAAUAAGGCCUUGAUCGAGCUAACGAGCAAGUUCGACGGCGUAGAUCUUGAAUCGCCUGUUCUAGAAGCCCCUUUCCCUGAAGAAUACCUGGAUGGAUUAACCCAGGAAAUGAAGGAAGCUUUGGAUUUAUCGAUGGAAAAUGUACGGAAGUUCCAUGCGGCCCAACUUCAAAAAGAAGUUCUGCAGGUUGAGACUCAACCUGGAGUCGUUUGUUCACGUUUUCCACGCCCGAUCGAAAAAGUGGGUCUAUACAUCCCAGGUGGUACCGCAGUACUACCAAGCACAGCUCUUAUGUUGGGUGUCCCUGCUCGCGUUGCCCAAUGUAAGGAAAUUGUCUUUGCCUCUCCUCCUCGGAAAUCAGAUGGUAGAGUCUCACCGGAAGUUGUUUACGUCGCUCAAAAAGUGGGUGCAUCCAAGAUUGUAUUAGCUGGUGGUGCUCAGGCUGUUGCCGCCAUGGCUUACGGUACCGAGACUAUCCCUAAAGUCGACAAGAUUUUGGGCCCUGGUAACCAGUUCGUCACAGCCGCUAAGAUGUAUGUGCAGAAUGAUACACAAGCACUAUGCUCUAUCGAUAUGCCCGCAGGGCCAAGUGAAGUGUUGGUUAUUUCAGAUGAGAAUGCUGACUCGGACUUUGUCGCCUCGGACUUGUUGUCCCAGGCAGAACACGGUGUGGAUUCACAGGUCAUCUUGGUAGGUGUUGCUUUAAGCGAAAAGAGAGUAGCUGAGAUUCAAGAAGCAGUCCACCGCCAGGCCAUGGAACUACCUCGUGUCGAUAUUGUUCGCAAGUGCAUUGCUCACAGCUCUAUUGUUUUGUGUGACUCUUACGAAGAGGCCUUCCAAAUGUCAAACAACUAUGCUCCAGAACACUUAAUUUUACAGAUCGAAAAUGCCGCCAAAUACGUCGAUCUUGUAUUCAAUGCUGGAAGUAUCUUUGUGGGUGCUUACACCCCAGAAUCGUGUGGCGACUACUCCAGUGGCACUAACCACACUUUGCCAACCUACGGUUAUGCUAGACAGUAUAGUGGAGUCAACACAAGCACCUUCCAGAAGUUUAUCACUGCCCAGAGCGUGACGCCAGAAGGAUUGGACAAUAUCGGCCGUGCAGUUAUGAGUGUGGCGAAAGUUGAAGGUCUAGAUGCUCACCGCAAUGCUAUAAAAAUCAGAAUGCAGAAGCUGAAUCUCCUACCGGAAAACUUCCAAUAA